GGAAGUAGACAAAGCGCUCGGAAGCCAAAACAGAAAAAGGAGACGAAAAAACAAAACGGAAAAAACGAUCUUACUGCAGACCCUACAACGUUUCUUGAUUUCAGUGUUCUUUGCCUAGAGGAGGAGGAGGAGAAGAAUUGAACCCAGUUCAAGGACAAGGCAAUGAUGCUCACAGGGUUAGCCCUCGGAAGUCAUCUUCAGCUUCAGCCCAGAGUUUUAAACAUGAAGAAAAUGCCAAUUCCUGAAUUACAAGGGAGGAAGGAGCACUUUUCUAGAAUCACAUAUUCAGAGACCAUAAGAACAUCUGUCAUAUCCCAGUCAGCAGAAGGCCCACCUUCGCAUGAGGAAUAUGUAAAAAAUCGUCCUUUAGUUAAGAUGUGUGGAAUUACAUCAGCUAGGGAUGCUGCAGCAGCAGCAGAAGCUGGUGCUAAUUUUAUUGGGAUGAUUCUUUGGCCCAACUCCAAACGCUCCAUUUCUCUUUCGGUUGCAAAGGAGAUUUCAAAAGUUGCAAGGGAAUAUGGUGCAGAGCCUGUUGGGGUUUUUGUUGAUGAUGAUGCAGACACAAUAUUAAAGGCUUCUGAUGCCACAAACAUUGAAUUUGUGCAGCUUCAUGGAAAUGGCUCCCGUGCUGCUUUCCCAGUUUUGGUGCAAGAAAACCAAGUAAUAUAUGUUCUUCAUGCCAAUAAAGAUGGAGAACUUCUAAACCAAAUUUCCAAUGAAGAAAGUUCUCUAGUUGAUUGGAUUCUUGUCGAUAGUGCAAUAGGUGGCAGUGGUCAAGGAUUCAAUUGGGCCCAGUUUAAGCUACCUCCAGUUAGAAGCAAACAGGGGUGGCUCCUAGCAGGUGGGAUUAACCCUGAGAAUGUCUACGAGGCUCUUUCUACUCUUAGGCCUCAUGGAAUUGAUGUUAGUAGUGGCAUUUGUGCCUCAGAUGGCAUCCAGAAGGACCGAUCUCGGAUAUCUUCUUUCAUGACUGCUGUAAAUUCUGUACAUUAUUGAUUGAUUAUGUAGGAGGAAAAUGACUGUAAACAUCAUACACAUUAGUCCAUCAGUUUUGUUUAUCAAAUUUCACAACAUCAGUGUAAAAGUUGGUUCAAUAAAUUAAAACUUAAGCUUUUGAAGAUGGUUAUAAACACA